AUGAAGUCACUCAUAUUCAUCCUUGUCACGGUGGUUCUGCCCUUGCUCACCGUGUGGAGCGACCAGGUUCCCCAUAGAUCGCUGGCUCUGGCACCAUCGGUGGAGAAACGCCUGGAGGUCAAUAUUGGCGCAGAGUCCCCAGAGUUUCUAAUCACUGUGCCGUUCACAGUCGGCAAUGGUGUAGAUUUUGUUUCGGGAAACGUCAGCAUCUACUUCAAAGCGACGAGGUCUGUUCGAUUCGUUGGUACGCCUGGACAACGCUACUAUGCUUAUAUUGCAACAACAACUUUCAUUUUCAAGUUUGAUUUUGUGGCCAGCCUGGGAUUUGACAGCCGCCAGUCGAUGGUCCAUGAUGUGCUGUAUCUCGACAACAUUUCGGCCACCAUUAUGUCUGACCAGUUUGCACAGGGUAUCUCUGCUUCCUGA